AUGUUGCCAAAUCUGUCAACGUAUUACGGCGAAGAGUCGAUCCCAGGUCGCAGCGGCAGCCGCGACAGUGGGGUUGCUGUGAAUGUUGUAGAUGGCUACGACACAACAGACAGCGGUUGCAGCACUCAUGGAGUUACCUCUGGAGAUAGCAACACGGCGGCUUUCGAGCCGGUGGCAAUUUGCGGUAUGGGAAUGCGGCUUCCUGGAGGUGUGAACGAUCCAGACGCCUUUUGGGAUAUGCUCGUGAACAAGCGCGACGGGCGAUGUCCGGUGCCCAAAGACCGCUAUAAUGCUGAGACAUGGCAUGCGCCAGGCAAAAAGAGGCAUGUUCCUAGUGAUCAUGGCUACUUUCUGGACAGCAGCAUCGAUAUCAAGAAAGCCGAUGCUUCCUUUUGGUCAAUGACCAAGAAAGAGCUCGAGAUAUUGGAUCCUCAGCAACGAUUAAGUCUGGAAGUUGUCUACGAAACACUUCAGAGGGCAGGGCAAAAGCCCUCUGAGCUCCGAGGAAGAAAGAUCGGUGUUUGGGUUGGCAGCUUUGGCGGUGACCGCGCUGAGCUCGACGCCGCCGACCCACAAACCGUUCAUUCAUACAACUUACUCAAUGGCUUCGACUUUAUGCCCGCAGAUCGGAUUCACUACGAGUUCGGCUUCAUGGGCCCGAGCGUUACUGUUCGAACAGCUUGCAGCUCCUCACUGUUGGGCUUACACCAAGCCUGCUAUGCUCUGAUACAUGGCGAUUGCGAAGCAGCGGUUGUAGCCGGCACUAGCAUCAUAUACUCCCCCACUCUGACAGCGACGAUGAACGAUCAUAACGUUCUAUCCCCUUCAGGGACGUGCAAGACGUUCGAUGCCGAGGCAGACGGCUUUGUACGUGGAGAGGCGGUCGUUGCUGUUUACGUCAAGAAGCUCAGUGACGCGGUUCGAGACGGGGACCCAAUCUGUUCAGUGGUUCUUUCCACAGCGAGCAACUCUAGUGAUGCCCAGGAAGACUUGAUCCGGAGAGCACACGAGGUCGCUGGCAUCAAGGACUAUUCCAGGACGGCGAUGAUGGAGUGUCAUGGGACAGGGACGCCAGUUGGUGACCCUCUCGAAUGCGAGGCCGUGGGACGUGUUUUCGGAGAUCAUGGCGGCAUCUACAUUGGCUCCGUGAAGACCAAUAUUGGGCACGUUGAAGGUGCCGCUGGCCUUGCCAGUGUCUUGAAGAUGACGCUUGCUCUUCAAAACGACAUGAUCCCGCCAAAUGCCAGUUUCAAAUCUCCCAACCCCAAGAUACCGUUCGAUCGCUACCAACUAAAGGUUCCUACACAAGCCAUUCCUUGGCCCCAGGGGAAAGACAGAGUCGUCGGUGUCGGUUCGUACGGUGUUGGUGGCUCCAACGCUUACGCCCUCCUGGCCUCAGUCGACCACGUCGGGAUUAAAGAUGACAGAAGAAGGACGAAAACAACAAAACCGCUGCCAAUUGGUUUAGAGUCCCCCGAGCUACUUCUGUUCUCCGCCAAGCAUCCCCAGGCGCUUGAAAAGAUGACCGAUUGA